CAGUCUCCCCCCUACUAAGAAUCAUCCUCCUCAGCUGCUGUUUAAGAGGAUCAUUGUUUCUUUUAAACUCUCAUCAUCAUCAUUCUGUUUACCUGGACUAAGGCGAGUCCAAAGACUUAAAGUCACACCCAUUUACUGAAUCUACCUGCAGAAAUCUAAAGUUUUCUUGCAAGCCGGCUCAAGAUGCCAGAGCCAACAAAGAAAGACGAGACGCCAAAUGGCCAGCCAGAAGAAAGUGUUGCCCCAGACAGUAAUGGUGCCCCAACCCUGCCUGAGAUUUCCCUGGAGGUUUCUCCCCCACCAGAGUCGGUAGCAGAGGGGAAAGAGCCAGUAGAGACUGAUGGGAAGAAACCAGAGCCCACUGGGCCUGAGCCAUUACAGGCUGUGGUGGCUCAGGAGCAGAACCCCAUCGAGAACGGUUCAAACCAACAGGAGCCUAGUAGGGUUGGGGUGAAUGAGCAAGCAGAGUCCUCUAGCCCUGCUGUAAAGGAGGGAACUUGCUCUCCCCCUCCGGCUGAGGAUGGCAAUACAGUGAAGAAACUCUCAAUUGACCUGCCUAAUGAUAGUGCCCCUGUGGCAACCACGGGCAGAAAAGACUCAGUGUGGUCUCUGGGAGAGGGUCAGGCCCCAGAGGAUGUGGACAAACCAAUCGACAAUCCACCGUUGUCUACGCUGCUGAUCGAGAGGCCACAGAGUGGAUCUGUCACUGUGGGGAGUGACAUCACUUUUGUUGCCAAGGUGGAAGCUAAAGAUCUUCUCCGCAAACCGACUGUUAAAUGGUUUAAAGGGAAAUGGAUGGACCUAGCCAGCAAGACAGGGAAACACCUGCAACUUAAAGAGACAUUUGAGCGGCAAACCAAGAUCCACACCUUUGAGAUGCACAUCAUCAAGGCCAAAGACAACUAUGCUGGAAACUACAGGUGUGAGGUGACCUACAAGGACAAGUUUGACAGCUGUUCCUUUGAUUUGGAAGUUAAAGAAGUUGAAAGCUCACAGGCUAUUGAUAUUCGAUCAGCAUUCAAAAGAAGCAGUGAAGGACAAGAAGAUGCAGGAGAGCUUGACUUUAGUGGUCUCCUUAAACAUAGAAAUCAAAGGGAGCACAAACAGCAAGAUGACACCCCAGAGGUGGACGUGUGGGAGAUCCUGAAGAACGCCAGGCCAGACCAGUAUGAGAAAAUUGCCUUCAUGUACGGCAUCACCGACCUCAGGGGUCUCCUGAAAAGAAUGAAAAAGAUGCCCAAAGAGGAGAAGAAGAGUGCAGCCUUUGCAAAGACGUUGGAUCCAGCAUACCAGGUGGAUAAAGGUGGAAAGAUCCGCUUGGUAGUUGAGCUGGCAGACCCCACAGUGGAUCUUAAGUGGUACAAGAAUGGACAGGAGAUCAGGCCAACUCCAAAUCAAAGGAAGUAUAUUUUUGAACAUAAGGGCACGCAAAGGAUUAUGGUCAUUAACAACUGUUCCUCUAAUGAUGAUGCAGCCUAUUCUGUGGUUGCAGGAGAAGAGAAAUGUACCACAGAGCUUUUUGUCAAAGAGUUACCAAUAAAGAUUGUUAAAGGUAUUGAGCCUGUGAAGACUACAGUAAACGAAAGGAUUGAGCUGGAGUGUGAGGUGUCGGAGGAAGGCGCUCAAGUUAAAUGGAUGAAAAAUGGCGUUGAAGUCCCAACAGGAGUUCGCUCAAGGUACCGAGUGAAGUGUGAAGGAACCAAACAUUACUUGGUCAUUGAUGAUGCCUCCAAAGAAGACACUGGAACAUAUUCUGUCAUGGCCAGUGGUGGCACUUCAGAGGCUCAUGUACAAGUAGACUUAAAACCCCUGAAGGUGUUUCAGGAUCUGCAGGAUAUGACAGUGUUGCUGGGGCAACCCAUAAAGCUCCACUGUGAAAUCUUCCCAGGAAAUGUCCCAGGUCGUUGGUACAGGAAUGGACAGCUGAUCCAGCCAAGUGAUCGUCUCAACAUUAUACACAGGGCUAAAAUUCACCGACUGGAAAUUGAGACAAGUUCCCUUCAUGAUGCAGGAGAUUACACUUUUGUGCCUGAAGGAUACUCACAAAGCCUGUCUGCCAAAAUCCACAUCAUUGAUCCUCCAAAAGUGCAUCUAGAAAGCUUGAACUUCCCAGACAACACCGUCACGGUCGUGGCUGGAAACAAACUCCGAUUAGAGAUCCCCAUUAGUGGAGAACCAGCGCCUAGAGUGGUGUGGAUGAAAGGAGAAAGGGUGAUUCUUGAUUCAGGCCACAGAGUUCACGCUGAAACUUACGGCGACCAGACCAGCCUGACAAUUGAAGUCACAGAACGUGAAGACAUAGGAAACUACAAAAUAGUUUUACAGAAUGAGGCAGGAGAAGCUACAGCUAGUGUCAAAAUCAAGGUUGUUGACAUUCCUGAUCCCCCUGAGGCACCUUUGGUCCCAGUUGUGGGUGGCGAUUGGUGUUCUAUGACAUGGGAACCACCCAAGUAUGAUGGAGCUUCACCCAUAUUAGGAUACUUUAUUGAGAGAAAAAAGAAACAGAGUUCCAGAUGGAUGAGGCUGAACUUUGACUUGAUCAAAGAAACUUCAUUUGAACCUAAGAAGAUGAUUGAAGGAGUGCCAUAUGAAGUUCGGAUCUUUGCAGUCAAUGCCAUUGGCGUCUCCAAACCCAGUGAACCGUCCAAAGCCUUUACUCCCCUCGCUGUGACCAGUGAGCCGACUAUGCUGGUUGUGGACGAUGUUACGGACACCACAGUGACUGUAAAGUGGCGUCCUCCAGAGACCAUUGGGGCAGCUGGGCUGGAUGGAUACUUAGUGGAGUACUGCAUUGAAGGAACUGAUGACUGGGUGCUAUCCAACAAAGAGGUGACUGAGAAAACCAAGUACGCCAUCACUGGACUAACUCCAGGAUCUAAGAUUUUAGUUCGAGUCAAAGCCAUAAAUAAAGCUGGAGCCAGUGCUCCACGCACUCUGCAGCACUCUGUCCUGGUCAAAGAAGUGGUUGAACCACCAAAGAUCCGUGUCCCGCGACACCUGAAACAGACUUACACUCGCAAAGUUGGAGAAACCGUUAACCUUGUGGUGCCUUUCCAGGGAAAACCUCGGCCAAAGGUUACUUGGAUCAAGGAAGGCAAUCCUGUAGAACCUUCCCAUGUCAGCAUCCGCAACACAGACUGUGAUAGCAUCAUUUUUAUCCGUAAAGCAGACCGAAACCACUCUGGGAAGUAUGAGAUGACGGUACAGGUUGAGAACUAUGUUGACACGGCAAUUAUUGACAUACAGAUUGUGGAUCUACCAGGACCGCCUCAGUGUGUCAAAAUUGAAGACGUUUGGGGAGAAAACGUAGCUCUAGUGUGGACCCCUCCAAAAGACAGUGGAAAUGCCCCAAUAACAGGCUACACCAUUCAAAAAGCAGACAAGAAAACAAUGGAAUGGUUCACAUGCAUUGAGCACUACCACCGGACCUGCAUCACCAUCACAGAACUGGUGGUCGGGAAUGAAUAUUUCUUCAGGGUCUUCUCAGAAAAUAUGUGUGGUCUGAGCGAACAGGCCACCCAGACCAAAAAGAGCGCUCUCAUCGUCAAAGAAGGCUUGCAGAUGAAAAUACCCGAGUACAACGACCAUGACUUCAAGGAGCCACCAAAGUUCACUCAACCGCUUAUCAACACCUUUGCUGUUGCCGGCUAUAACGCUACGCUGAACUGCAGCGUCCGUGCCAACCCAAGGCCUAAAGUGAUCUGGAUGAAGAAUAAGAUAACCAUCUUCAAUGACCCACGCUACCGAAUGUUUAGCAACCAAGGAGUCUGCACACUGGAGAUCAGGAAGCCCAGUCCCUAUGAUGGCGGCAUGUACACCUGCAAGGCCAUCAACGACUUGGGGGAAGCCCAGGUGGAGUGCAAGCUGGAGGUCAAAGUCCCAACUCAAGAAUUGUGAAUGUAUGUUCUCAUAUAAAAGAUAAGGGGGAUUUACCUUCUUCGAGCUCAUGCAGCGCGGCGUACCCUUACACCUGAUUGAUAAAUACAUGAACGAGUCGAAGAUCGUAGAGCAAGACAAAUGAAACUGAAACCACUACAAGAAGGAGCUUUAGCUUUGCAAAAAUCGUCUACAAUCAGCGACCCUCGUCUCCCGCCUCUCUUUUUGGAUCAGGACACUGACGGCGGAUUGACGGGAACGGGAUGAAUGGAUCGGUUCUGGUGGAGGGAGUUCUGGUCUGUGGUGUGGAAUGCUGUGUGCAUGUUUGAAGCAUGUUGUUGCCAUAGAAACGCAGUCAUGUCAUCUCCUUUCGCUCCCUGUUUUGUUUGGAAUAAUGUAUCACCUCAGAACCUACUUUAGUGUUUAAGAACAAGAAAAAAAAAUUAUUUAAAUAAGGAUUAAUGAACAGAAACUCAUGUCUGAGGUAUUUUCUGUGGGUUUUUCUUGGGUUUGGUCACAGAAUGUGUUAUUUUUCAUUGGGGAGUUCUAUAGAAAAGAAACAGAAAUGUUUAAAUUAUCGAUGUUAAUUUGAAUUUAACUCAACAAGAUAAGAACGACUUGAGUAAAGUUGGAGAAAGAAACUUGAUUUAUUCUUUGCCGUUUUAUUUCUCAUGAGGAAAUAUAGAAGUUUACUCACAUGCAUGACAUCUAGACCUUUAGUUUAUUUUGGACUGAUAAAGGUUCAACCAUUUGUGCAUGCCUUUUCCUUUGUAAUUACUAACCACAGCUAUAAUAAACCUUCCAAUUGCGUCUGUC